GGCUACAGUAAGUACUACAUUCUAAACUCUGCCCACGUUGUCUACGCAGGAAAAGCCUUUGCGAACUCAGUGGAAAAUCACCUCCGUCCGCCCUUCCCAUACGCAACAUAUGCACCGACGUAAUCAAACAAGAAUAGGCAACUCCUUCCCUGAAGUAAGGAAUUGAGAUCCUCGACAUCUGAGUGUUGCCCGUAGUACAUUUGUUUUUGUAGCGGACUGUAGACUAGCCUACACGGCUUCACGCCCAUUCAUGCAAUCCUCAUCCUGCGUGCAUUGACACAGGCAACAUUUUCAGUGAUCGUGACAGGCCAGCUUCGAAGGGAGAUAGACGAGAAAAUACCAAAGUACGAAUCAGCCGGAACCUUUCCCGGUCAGGUGUCAGGCAGGUAUGGCUGAUCUGCUGAAGCUGCUGCUGCGUGUGGCAGAGAAGGCGGCCAACGUGGCCCGCGUGUGCAGGCAGGAGGCCCCUCUCUUCCAGCUGCUGGUCCAGGAGAAGACUGGGGUGGACAAGAACAAGAAGUUUGUCCAGGACUUCAAGACGUUGGCCGAUGUGGUAAUCCAAGAGAUGAUCCGCCAUGAUGUUGGAGCUCAGUUUCCCGAAAUGAUUGACCAUAUACAAGGAGAGGAGUCUAACCAGUUUGAAAAUGGACUAGGGGAGAGUGUGAUCGUCACAGUGUGUGGGACAGAGAAGGAGACGGCCACGUUGCUGGCCACGGUGCUGGACGGGGACCAGACGGCGGCGACUCUACUGGCAUGUGCCAUCCACCAGGACGCUACGCUCACACUCAAAGACACGGGCACAGACGACCUCCACAUACCCCUCAGCCCCUCUGACCUGGGCAUCUGGAUCGACCCCAUCGAUGCCACUAGCCAGUACAUUGAGGGUCGUGAGGAGGUGGUGGAGGAGGGCCGUCUCUGUCCUUCAGGUCUGCAGUGUGCCCUGGUUCUGAUUGGGGUAUACCUCCGAGCCACUGGGGAACCAGUCAUGGGGGUCAUCAACCAGCCCUUCAACCAGAAAGACCCAACAGGCUGGAAGGGGAAGCAUUUCUGGGGUGUGUCAUGUGGGAGCGUCAAAGCCUGCUCGGUGCUCCGACCUAAAGACAGACCUGCAGAGAGUCCAGGACUAUCAGUGGUGCUGAGCUCCAGUGAGAAGCAGGUGGUGAAGGAGGCCUUGGCCCCUCUGUGUGGGCCUGACAGGCUGAUGUACGCCUCGGGGGCCGGAUACAAGAUCCUGUGUGUGAUCCUGGGCCUGGCUGACGUCUAUGUCCUUUCCGAGGGCAGCACCUUCAAGUGGGACUCCUGCGGCCCCCAUGCCCUGCUCCUUGCACUUGGUGGGGGAAUGCUGGACCUUAAAGAGUGCCUCCGCUCCGGCCACUGUGAGGGGGGGCACCAUGACCAGGGGGAACUGACCUACCACCAAUCCCACUCAGAGAGCCCUGGGGCAGACCGCUGGGCCAACCAGGGGGGCCUGGUGGCCUACCUAGACUGGAAAAUGCUCCAUAUGGUUAUUGGGGAACUGAAGGGCAAGUUUUAAAAGAAGAGGCAUUGAUGAUUGUGAAGGGCACAAGUAUCUGUAUUAUUGCUUAUAGGGCCGUGCUGCUUAAUAUGUCAGUUUUUGGAGGAGCUGUGUUGUUUAAAAAAAAUUUUUAUCGACUAUGCUGUCCAAGUUAUUUUUGAAAAGCUAGAUGUAUAUGCAAAUGUUAAUAUAUAGUAAGGAAUGUAAACAUGUUAAACUGUACCUACAGUAGCUGGUAUGUUAAAGGUGUUUUGUAAAAGAUUAAGCUGCAUCUAACUUUUACAGUUAUUGGUUUUCUCAUUGACAGGAAGCGUGUUGGUGGCAAGCAAAUCUAACUUCAGGAAAGACCUGAGUGCUGUUUUUGAAGUAAAACUUAUUCCAAAGCAAGAUAAUCAGAAUUGAGAUACUGGUAUGAACGGGAACAAGCAUGGUUCAGGGAACAGUAGCACACACUGCACAGCUGAAACAUGCUUUUUGUCUUGGUCAUACCAAAAUGUGGCACAUGGCAAUAACCCUGCUUUUGAUUGGUUAAGGAUCUCUGCUGGACCGGAAUAUCACUUGAUGGCCUAGUUGAAGUUGUGAAGUGGUGGGACAGGGUGACGUUUACUAAAUAUCCAAAGUGUCUCCCUCUUAACAGAAGCACUAAUGGUGUGUGAGAGGCGCGAGAGCAGAGAGAACUCAAAUAAGCCGGCUUCUGGGAAUCUGCAGCGGCCCAGAAAAGGCCUUUUAUGGAAAAGAGGUGCAUUCUACACCGUUUCAAUAGCUCUAGCUGUAUGACUAAGGAUAAGUAAGGGAAGAGGAUGGAAAAACACAUGAGGUGCAGCAAUGAACACUAUCCCCCGUUUCAUUGUUGGUUUACUGUAAAUGAAGGAUUAAACCCCUUUUGAAGGAAUGGAGGGGAAAUGUCAAGUAGCCAGGCUAGUGGAUUUCUGGAGCUAAAGUAGAAUUCAGGAGUAUUUAAACUCAGUCAGGUA